AUGGAGCUUCCAAUAUAUGAUGGAGGUAUUCAUCCAAAUGAAUGGUUGAAACAAGUUCAAGCAACUUGCUUCCUUAAACAAAUUACAAAAGAUGAAGAAGUCCUUAAAUUUGCAAAAAUGAUGAUCGAUUCUUCAAUUAAAAUUCCUGAAAAUAUUACCAAUUUUGAAGAGCUUACAAAUGCCUUAAAACAAGAUAUUUCAUUUUCAAUUUUUAAAGCACAAAUGAGAAUAGAAUUACAAACAUUAAAAUACAUUCCCAUAAGAGAAGGUGGUGCACCUUCAAAAUUCAUUAAUACAUUUCGUAGACUCUGUCGUGAUGCUGAAAUCAAUAAUUCACAAGAACAAAUGAAUUUUCUUUAUUUAUCACUUCCAAAUGAUUAUAUUUUAAAUGAAGUUUAUAAGAAGGUUAAUUCAAGUGAAUUAAUCCAAGAAUUUGGGAAAAUUGUUAUGGAUGAAUUAAAUUUAAUUAGACAUGGAUCUAUUGUAACUUUAAAACAUGUUGCUACAGGAAAAUAUUUAAGUUCAAUUAAGGAUUUAUGUUAUACGACUGGAAGCAGGACUCAAUUGGUAUUUGUCAAUGAUUUGCUAGAUUCGAAUGCUUUAUGGAAAAUCACAUUUACGAGCGGAAAAGAAUUAGCAUCAUAUACCGAUAUUACUAAUUACAUGUGCUUACAACACAAAAAUUCUGGUAACACUUUUGGAAAAUUAUAUGAUUAUUAUAAAUCUCCAUUUAAAAAUAGUAAAUUAGAAAAUUAUCAAGAAUAUUUGAAAUCAAAUGAUACCAUUAAUCUUUGUAUAAAUAAUGUUAAUAAUCAACAAGUAUUUUUACGUAGUCAUGAUUUAAAAUUUGCUAUUGGAAAUGAUACAUUUCAAGAAGUCGUCUGUCAUAAUGAAAGACUAGGUGGCAGUGAUGAGUAG